UUAAAUCGUAACAAAUUAAUGAUUUAACUGGGACAAACGAAAUCAAAACAAUGUUUUGUUUAUUACUGUUAAUUAUCACAAACAUCUGUGGGGCGAGCGUGUUCCAGAACCGCGUAGAUCACGGCGAGUUCUACAGGAAUAGAUCGUCGUCGAAGGCGCUGAGCUUCUCGACGAGCUACUUAAAUCAGAACUUCGUGUCGAGGGGGAGUGAGAAGGAGAGUGUGCAGUGCGGGACGCGGACGGUGGACUUCACGCUGCGGCGCGGGAAAAUCGUGGGCGGCUCCGAGGCGCCCUACGGGGCUUUCCCCUGGCAGGUGGACAUCCAGAUGUUGGACGUGGACAAGCUGAACUUCGAACACCACUGCGGCGGCGCCGUGCUGGCCGAGCGCCUCGUGCUCUCCGCCGCCCACUGCUUCGACCGGCAACCCCUAGAGCUGGAGCAUAUCCGCCUGCUGGUGGGUCAGCACCGCCUCAACCUGCAGGACAAGCACGAGCACCGCUUCCUCGUCGACAAGGUCGUGCCGCACCCUGACUUCAGGAAAGAAGGCCCGCACAGCCACGACAUCGCGCUGGUGCUGGUGGCGCGGUCCGGCGGCGGCGUGCGCUUCGACAGCCACGUGCGGCCCAUCUGCUUGCCAGCGGAAGACGCGCCCAUAGCGCCCGGCGCCUGGUGCGCCGUCAGCGGCUGGGGAUACCAGUCAGAGGGUACAGAAAGCUUCGCGCCGGUAUUGCGCGCGGCCGCGGUGCCGAUCCUUGAACUGAGCACGUGCCGCAAGAGCCAGGUGCUUGGUGGCCGCCAACAGCCUAUACUAGACUCCAUGCUUUGUGCCGGUGUUCUGUCAGGCGGCGUGGACGCAUGUCGGGGCGACAGCGGGGGUCCGCUGGCGUGUGCGACGGGGGGCGGGGGCUGGCAGCUGCGGGGGGUGGUGUCGUGGGGGGCGGGGUGCGCGAGGCCCGGCCGCCCCGGCGUCUACACGCGCGUUGCCGCCUACCUACCCUGGCUGAAACGCGCAGCGCAGGCGCUUGGACAGAAGCUGUAGACCUGGCAUGUGCUACUGGCCUGGUGCCUCGGCAGAACCUCUGGAUCAAUUUAGCUUGUCUUAUCUCUAGCUUGAUAUUUGGACUAAGCGCUAGUUCUACUUUGCCUGAGUUUUAAAGUAGCCAGGCGCCCGGGCAGAAGCCUUACCUCUUGGCUUGCGUGCGUUGCAGCUCUCUGUCCAGCCAGGAUAGUGUCAACGCACGCGGGGCUUGCACAGAAGCUAUAGCAGCCAUGUCAGUGUUUUUUAGCUCAUUUACUGUAUUGUGUGUAAUUCAAAUCUCAGAUAUUUUAACUAAUUAUAUUUCAGGUACCUAGAGAACUUUUUGUUGAGUCGAUAUUGUAAAAGUGAGCACACUUACUAUUAGUUUUGUGAUUAUCAUUUUGAUUAGUUCCAAGUUCCAACUAUCCGGUUCAGAAUUCUAAAUGUAAAAUCAGUCGUUAACAUUCCCCAUAACGACCACAAUAAGACGUAUUAGUUACAAUGUGAAUCUACCUUGAACCGGCUUAUAAACAAUUCAAGUCAAGUGUCAACAAUGUUUUCGCCGCCUCAUGUAUCAUCGGAAAUA